AGUUUGAUAGUUUACCCAUGUCGCCCCGCUCCAGCUGGUGACUGAGGCCUGGAGGGAAAGAUGAGUUCCCAGGACCUGCUCUCUGCGGAGUGGACGGAUUGUCCCGGAGACGCCGGGGACGACAGUCCCUCCCCGGCGAGGAGGGACAGGACUGGCUUUGGAGAAUGCAAACGCCACCUGGCCUUCGGGACCGGCGGCGGCGGCGGCCCGGAGGCUGAGGACUCGGACGCGGCCCAGCUCUUCCCGCUGAUGGAGACCAAGCUGCUGAAUCGGAGGUGGGCGAUGCUGCUCGUCUUCUGCCUCUACUCCAUGAGCAACGCCUUCAUGUGGCUGCAGUACGGCAUCAUCAGCAACAUCUUCACGCGCUUCUACGGCGUCGGCGCCGCCGCAGUCGACUGGCUCUCCAUGGUCUACUUCCUGACGUACGUCCCGCUCGUCCUGCCCGUCACCUGGAUGCUGGACCGGCGGGGCCUCCGCGACGUGGUGGUGGCCGGCGCCGCCUUCAACUGCAUCGGCGCCUGGAUCAAGACCGGCACGGCCGACCCCGCCAUGUUCGCCAUGACCUUCCUGGGGCAGUUUGUGUGCUCGGUGGCCACGGUGUUCGUCCUGGGCGUCCCGUCCCGGCUGGCCUCGCUGUGGUUCGGGCAGCAGGAGGUGUCCACGGCGUGCUCCAUCGGCGUUCUGGGAAACCAGAUGGGCAUCGCCAUCGGGUUCCUGCUGCCCCCCAUCCUGGUGCCCAACGUGGACGAUAUGGACAGCCUGGCCCACCACAUCAGAAUCAUGUUCUACAUCAGCGCCGGCGCGGCCACGCUCAUCUUCGUCCUCGUGGUCAUCGUGUUCCAGGAGAGACCAGAGAUCCCCCCCUCCCAGGCCCAGGCCCAGGCCCGCAGCAUGCAGCCCGAUGAGUACUCCUACAUGGCCUCCAUCCUCAGACUCCUGCGGAACAAGCCCUUCAUGCUGCUGGUGAUCAGCUACGGGCUGAACGUCGGCUGCUUCUAUGCUAUUUCCACAUUGUUGAACCGGAUGAUCAUUGAACACUACCCUGGGGAAGAGGUGAAUGCUGGGAGAAUCGGCCUGACCAUCGUCAUUGCUGGCAUGGCGGGUUCGCUCAUAUGUGGCAUCUGGCUGGACAAGACCAAAACCUACAAGCAGACCACCCUGGUGGUGUACGUCCUGUCCCUGGCCGGCAUGCUGAUCUACGCCUUCACCCUCAACCUGGGCCACCUGUGGGUGGUGUUCGUCACGGCUGGGCUUUUAGGCUUCUUCAUGACGGGAUAUCUGCCUCUGGGCUUUGAGUUCGCGGUGGAGCUGACCUUCCCAGAGUCAGAGGGAACCUCGUCUGGUCUGCUGAACUGCUCCGCUCAGAUUUUUGGAAUCAUUUUCACCAUCGCUCAAGGGAAAAUUAUUGAUAGAUGGGGAACCUUGGCUGGAAACAUCUUCCUGUGUAUCUUUCUGCUCAUAGGAACAGUGAUGACGGGAUUCAUCAAAUCUGACCUUCGGCGGCAGAAGGCCAACCUGCAGAUGGACGUGCAGACAGUGAGUCCUGCAGGCUCCGUGUCGUCGGUGCAGGACUACGGGGCCACAGAGUGCAGCAGCCCCUGGCACAAAGCCAGCACAACCUCAUUUAGAGCAAAACACACUGCAGCAGCCAAGAAAACCACCGCUGACCUGGAAGGAGGCGUCUCUCCACCCGAAAUCUUGAAAGAGGGGAAGCUAUAAGGAGGAAGCCGGACGGCGCUUUCUACUAAUAUGUUAACAAAAAACACAUCAACAUGCUGUGAACGGCGAGAGCACAAAGACUUGAUCCUGAUCCUGAACUGUCGUCUGUGGCACUUUCUGACCAUCAGAGCUGCUGUGCUCUUCAUGUACUGUGCGGACGCCAUGCCGCAGAACUCAACUCGAUGAUCUCCAGACUUCAACACAUGGCGAAGGAACUGGAAGGUUUUUAUAUUUCUACCAUACUAACAUCGUUCAAAAACUGCUUUCUUAAAAGAACAAUGACUUUAAAUGCCAUUAUAUGACAAUCAAACGCAACAAAAUCAAAUGAAAGCUGUAAAAGUGACCAAAAGGGGAUAUAAUGUUGCUAUCCCAUCUUUGACACUGGAACAGUGGUUCCCAGUCUUGGGUGUUGAGGAAAUCAUGCCUGCUGUUUACAUGCACGCUGAGUGGAUAAACACAGUUGAACCGCCUCCUCUGAUCAGAUAAAGUGUUUACAUGAUGCACUUUUAUUCAGACCCGUGUCUAAUUUAGUGAGUGUGAUGCUUCGGCCAAUCAGAUUAGAGAGUUUAUCUGCAGCUCUCUGUUGGGAUCCAAGGAAGAGAGACUGGGAACUGCUGUGCCUGGAAAAUAAGGAGAAUUUUCCAAAAACAAACCUAAAUAUGAUUUACUGUACACAGGGGACUAACACAACUAAGUUGUUGUGUAUUGUAGUAAUUUUCAUUAACGGCUGUCUUGCUGGGUUUUUUCAUCCUGAACUGUGACAUUACUGCACAUGUUGACCUGCUGGUUUACAACUGAAGCAAGUUUUUAAACUUCAAACUUACAAUAUUGAAGAUUUAAGUGAAGGCUUUCCGGUGCACUGGAUGGAGCAGGGAGUCUCUCAGGCCCCGUUUACACCAAGACUUUAAACUUUUGUAUCGUUUCGAUUGUCCGUUUACACGACAACGGUGCUCGGAGCUACUGAAAACGCAACUUUUUAACAACAGCUCCCGUGGUGGAACUUUUUGAAAACACUCCGACUCCUGUCUCUGUGCACACUACAGUAGUAGAAACAAGUUUUUAAACUCAGACUUUGUUUUCAAAGCGUAAAACGUGAAACUUUCCUGAAACGAAAACACUCAAAUGUUGCGUUUUCACCUGAAACGUUGUCGUGUAAACGGCGCUGAACUCUUGCUUUGCUAAUCAGACUGUAGAUAGCUGAAAGCUGUAAGUAGAACUUUAGUCUGUAUUAUUCUUUUGGAGUAAAAAUAUUCCAUGCUGUACCUUGAAGGGUUGAACGUCGUCGUCAUCGUAAUGCUGCUACUGAACUGACUCCAACAUUCAUCCAGCUUUCUUUAGCUUUACCUUUAGAUAGGUGUUAUUAAACGGUAUUUCCUGCCUUAACUAUUUAAGCUGUGCGUUCUAAUGUUGGACCAGUCUUCUGUGUAACUGAGCUCAAGUCUUUUCAUGGCUGAGGGCGUUUCUUUCUCUGCCCUGCUGUGAGAAUAAUCCCGGUGAAUGAAGGCUGUGGCUUUCCGGAGUAUUGCUCACAGUAAGAAUCUGAUCGAUGCCGUGCAUCCGAGUACACUGUGAAAGGUCAGUUUGGUUCCCCGUCUGCCGUAAUCCAUCUCUACAGGAAGAGAUUUCAGAACGAAAAAUGUCAGCACAAACAAACUUUGUAAAGAAAGAACUAUUUUGUGAGCUUUUUGUUUGUUUUUUUGUAGCUUGUAACGUGUUUCUGAGAAAUAUAACCAGUAUUUGUUGACAUUGACAUAUGUGACUCUUUCUGGUUGAAAUGCUGGAUUUCUUAAUAAUUCUCAUGUAAGAUACUGUUUUUUUGUGGGAAACAAAGGCAAUAAAAGCACAACUCUUCUCAUUCCAGGAUCUACUAAGUCUUAAUAUACUCGUAUUGUUACAGCUGUUAACUGUGUGGUUUUGCAGUGAAGCUUAUCUCAGUGAUUUCUAUAUUUUUAACCCUCUACUCAUGAUUAUUUGUCAAAAAUGAAGAAGUCAUCCCCCUGACCACCUGAUUUUUCAUGCUGCUCCCAACAAAGGAUGACCCGUCGCUCACUGUAGCAACCUGUUCAAGAGCGGAUUUUUUUUUUCAUCAUUUUUUUUAAGCUGUAAACUGAUUAAAAUGGCA